AUGCCCGUUGGCAUCAAGAUCAUGGUCUUGGCGAACGUGGGCUCGUGCAAUGUGCCCUUUCGAGAUGCUGCUGAAGCAGACUUGGCAUUCGAAGCCUGCCCGCUUCAUCUCUUCAGCGUCUGUGACGCAGGUAGUGAACAGGCCGAGACCGGUCUUCUUCUCCGGGUUCCUCCAGCAUUGCGGGGGAUGGUUUUCGAAGGUACCCGAGGCAGAUGUCUCUUCGCACCCCAAACAUCUCCAGGCCCGAAUCAAGGUACUCUCCGUAAGUAA